GGUUGCACGUGCGUUUUGUUUAAUUUGUUUUGGUGACUGGUUUUACAAAGAUACGCCGGGAUUACCCACAACAUUCGUCUCAGUUACACUGGAUAUAAGAGAGAAACAAGUUACUAAGGAAUAUUUAACCAAUUUUUUCGGUGCCAUUUAUAGUGAAGUGUAAUGGGACGUUUGAGUUCACUAGUUUUGAAAAUGGUCAAGGGCUAAACUAGUCUCCAUUCUCAAACGAGAUGGCAGCUGCCCAGCCAUACUGGGAUCAACACCAUGACCAUGACACCAUGGACAAGAUGUUUAUUGGUUUUGGUUCUGAGUCCAUGGAUAACAUCUUGAGAAUGCAUCAGCAAGACUCUGUAUCAGUGGCCUUUGAAAGAAGAAUGUCUGGAUCAUUUUCUCCGCCAUGUUUAUCUCCAAAGACUCCCAAUCCUACACAGCUCCUCUAUUCCUCCCAGUGCCACCCACCUGGGGGAGACCACGUGGUUCCGUCCUUACAGAAACUUUCUGUUUAUGAGAACAUACCCCCUUGUUCACCCAGGAAAAGCACCAAGCCCCUCCCUCCCCUCCCAGAUGUAGCCGAUCUGUCCUCUGAUGAAGCGGAGGACAACGAGGUGGAGUUUUUCUCUAGCACUUCUGAGAGGCAGUGUUUGAUGCCUGCACUCUGCUCUAAAAACUCAUCCUUCCAUUAUGGCUUGCCAGGCAGGCACAGCUUCCGAGGAAGUGGUCAGAUAAACUUUGCUUGUAAUGAAGGGAUGCAAGGACAUCAGAAAGUAUGUGGAAUGAAGCCUCAGUGGGAGCAGAUGGAAACUCAAGACCGAGAAAGACUGCAGGAAAGGCCCCAACGUCCGCUGCACCAUUUUCUUUCUGGCCCUGCUGGAUCCUUCAAGUCUGCCAACCUUAGGCCGGCCAGCCUUCACCUCACGGCCCACAACCACACACAGGAGAAACCCGAAGUCCCACCUCGCAUUCCUAUCCGUACUCGUUUGAGCGAGUGCAAAGAUGGCAGAUGGCCGACACCUGACGAUUAUGAAGUUGACAAACCCCCUAAAGUUCCACCCAGGGACCCCAUCCCUCAUGUCAUACCACGUGCCAUUAGUCCAAAGAGUCUCCCAAUUUAUGUCAAUGGAGUAAUGCCUCCUACUCAGAGCUUUGCUCCCUAUCCUGAGUAUGUAAGCAAGGCUCAACACAAGCAGAGCUGUGAGGGCUUGCCGGCUCCUUGUUUCCCAUGUAUUUUGCCCAUUAUGGAAGAUGGUAAGAAAGUCAGCAAUACCCAUUACUUCCUCCUCCCUCAUCAGCCUGGGUACUUUGAAAAGUUUGAGAGGUUUUUCAAAGGCUCAGACUCUGGUGCUGCUCAUGUUGAUUAUGAGACCAAGUGGAACAGUUAGAAUCUGAUAUCCUCUGGCUUAAAGUGGAAACUAAGAAAUGCACUAAGGCCAGAUAUAAACUGAUAUUUUGGUUGAAUGAUACUUGCGGUGUUCCAGAUAACUCGCCAUUUUUAGUGACUGGGCAGUAUGCCCUCUGACUCCAAACAGUCAGAAACCCUGAAAGAAUGGAUGGUUUACCACUGCUGGAAACUCCAGAGCAGCUUUGUUGGAAGUGUUCUUUUUGGAAUGUAUCAGUAGUUUUUUUUUUUUUCUUGCUGUAUUUUAAGUUAUAGUGUGCAGUAUCCUUUUAUGAAGGAAUAGGAUGAACACCGUUACACUGUUAUCAGUUUUGUGACCUGAGGAUAAGCUGGUCUUAUCACAAUUUGUCACUCUGAGAUGAAUGUGAAAAAAGUAUUUUGUUGUUUUUUCUAUUAACCAAAGUACAAACAAUAUAAAUUCAGAUUGAUUUGCUGAAAAAAUGACAAUGUAUUGUAAGACUAGUAUUAUUAGCGAUAGCAUUCAAGAACAAGCACCGUCAACAUUGGAUUGUUUUACUAUCAAAGUUGAGGAAUUUGCUACAUGAUGCAAAGAAGCACAUCAUGCCAAAGCCACUUUUCAUCCAUCACGCCUGUUACACAGUUUCCAAAGCCAGGACACUGGAUAUAAAUGAAAAGUUGACAAUUGUUGUUUUUUGGUUUUAUACCGGUUUUACCCUGAAGUUGCUUCACUUGAAGGAUUUAGCACUUGUACAAGUAAUUGUGAAAGGAAGUUAAGAAAGUCCAUGACUGGUCCUGGCCUUGUGUUUCAAAUGUGUCCAAUUAAAAGUUGAGCGCACACACAAUGCUGUUUUAUGAUUUUUAAUCUUUAAAUUAGCAAACAAAUAAUUGUUUACAAUUUCUGCUACUUAUGUUUUUCCUUCCAACAAAAAAAAACUUCGUUUUCUAUGUGAAGGCUCGUGUUAACUGACUUUUUUUCAAUGAGAGGAAACAUGCACUAUCUUAUAAAAAUGUACAGUAUUUGUGGUUUUUACACACCACAACAUUCUAUUUAAAGAAAUAAAGUAAUGACUUA